UAGCUCAAACUUAAGAUUGAAUCAGAAAUCAAAUCAGUGUAGUGUAUUCUUCAUUGCUUUCCGAACCUUCCGCUACCUUAUCAGAAUAAAAAAGAUUAAUUGAUGAGUAACAUGAUAUUAAUCAAUUGCCUUAUAAUAUGCGCCUGUAUAUUCACUUGUGGAGCGCAGGAUACUUCGUUGGACAACUUGAUUGCCGACAUCUUUAAGACCGAUGAAACCCCUGCAUCCAGCACUCAAGCACCAAUAACAGGCAGUUCUGUUGCUCCAGUUGUCAACCCAAAAGACUCGUCUUCAGGUAACUCAGGAUCCGGAUCAGGAUCAGCCCAAUAUGAGUCCUGCGGCGAUCAAAAAGAGUGCGUACCCCGUUGGCUGUGUGUAAAUGAUACGAUAAACACCAGCGGCGAAAGUAUAAUUGAUAUUCGAAUUGAUACGGGAUCACAAUGCAAAAGCUAUUUAGAUCUGUGCUGUGAUCUUCCAAAUAAGAGACACGAUCCGAUAUUCCCAAUAAACGAAAAUCCGGAAGGCUGCGGCUACUCGAAUCCCAACGGCGUGGGAUUUAAAAUUACCGGAGCUACGAACCAGGAGUCCGAGUUUGGGGAAUUCCCUUGGAUGCUAGCAAUUCUUCGCGAAGAUGGUCCACUUAACUUGUACGAAUGUGGAGGAGCCUUGAUUGCUCCCAAUGUGGUUUUAACUGCUGCCCAUUGUGUUCAUAACAAACAGCCCAGUUCCAUAGUUGUGAGAGCCGGCGAAUGGGAUACUCAAACAAAGACUGAAAUCAUUCCACACGAGGACCGAUAUGUCAAGGAAAUAGUCUAUCAUGAACAGUUUAACAAAGGAGCACUUUAUAACGAUGUGGCAGUUAUGUUAUUGGAAAGCCCAUUUACUCCCCAGAUGAACAUUCAACCUGUUUGCCUGCCCAACUUUGGUGAUAACUUCGAUUUUGAUCGUUGUUUUGCAACCGGUUGGGGCAAGAACAAGUUCGGCAAAGAUGGAGAAUACCAAGUUAUCCUGAAAAAGGUUGAUAUGCCCGUGGUGCCGGAGCAAAAGUGCCAGACGAACUUACGCGAAACACGCCUCGGAAGACACUUCAUUUUGCACGACAGCUUCAUUUGCGCUGGCGGAGAAAAGGACAAGGAUACCUGCAAGGGCGAUGGCGGAUCUCCUUUAGUGUGUCCCAUCAAGGGCCAAAAGGGCCGAUUCAAGUCAGCUGGUAUAGUUGCCUGGGGAAUCGGAUGUGGAGAAGAAAACAUCCCUGGAGUGUACGCCAGCGUUGCCAAACUUCGUCCAUGGAUCGACUCAAAACUGAAAAUAUGGAACAUUGAUCCCAAACAUUAUACACCCUAAGAACAAGUAAUAAUGAAAACGAAUAAAGCAAAGUAGGCCUUAGCUCUACUUUUUUAUUAAUUCCGAAAAAUAUAAAUAAUAUUAUAUCUUC